AUGCUGCGGUGGAUACGACAGCAGCUGGGCGUUGACCCCCCUCACCAGAGUGAUACCAGAACGGUUUAUGUAGCAAAUCGUUUCCCACAGCAUGGCCACUACAUACCUCAACGCUUUGCCGACAACAGAAUCAUCUCAUCUAAGUACACAAUUUGGAACUUUGUCCCCAAGAAUCUGUUUGAACAAUUCAGGAGAAUAGCAAACUUCUACUUUCUCAUCAUCUUUCUUGUACAGUUAAUGAUAGACACCCCAACUUCCCCAGUCACCAGCGGACUCCCUUUGUUCUUUGUGAUCACAGUAACUGCUAUAAAACAGGGCUAUGAGGAUUGGCUGAGACACAAAGCAGACAAUGAAGUGAAUGGAGCUCCAGUGUUUGUGGUCCGCAGUGGAAGUCUGGUCCAGACAAGAUCUAAAAACAUCAGGGUGGGGGACAUUGUCCGUGUGGCUAAAGAUGAGACGUUUCCAGUUGAUCUGGUGUUGCUGUCAUCUGAUCGUGCCGAUGGCACAUGUCACAUCACCACUGCCAGCCUCGAUGGAGAGACUAAUCUUAAGACCCAUUUCUCUGUGCCAGAAACAUCAGUGUGUCAGUCAGUGUCCCAACUGGAGACUCUUUUGGCUGUGGUGGAGUGCCAGCAGCCAGAAGCUGAUCUGUAUAGAUUUGUCGGUCGUAUUACUGUGACUCAACAUGGGGAAGAAAUUGUUAGACCGCUGGGACCAGAAAACCUGCUGCUCAGAGGGGCCAGGCUCAAAAAUACCAAAGAGAUUUUUGGUGUGGCAGUUUACACAGGGAUGGAAUCCAAGAUGGCUCUCAACUACAAGUGCAAGUCCCAGAAACGCUCUGCUGUCGAGAAGUCAAUGAAUACCUUCUUAAUCAUCUACCUGGUCAUCCUGCUGUUCGAGGCCAUCCUCAGCACCAUCCUGAAAUACGCCUGGCAGGCGGAGGACAAAUGGGACGAGCCCUUUUACAACCAAAAGACUGAACAAGAGAGGAACAGCAGUCCGAUCUUAAAGUUCAUCUCAGACUUCUUGGCCUUUUUGGUCCUCUAUAACUUCAUCAUCCCCAUCUCUCUUUACGUUACCGUGGAGAUGCAGAAGUUCCUGGGUUCAUUUUUCAUAGGCUGGGAUUUGGACCUGUAUCACGAGGAAACCGAUCAGAAAGCUCAGGUCAACACAUCUGACCUCAAUGAAGAGUUGGGGCAGGUGGAGUAUGUGUUCACUGAUAAGACAGGUACGCUAACAGAAAAUGAAAUGCACUUUCGUGAGUGUUCAAUAAAUGGAACAAAGUACCGGGAAGUUAAUGGGAAGUUGGUACCAGAAGGGAUGACAGACGACUCUCCAGAUGGUUCUACAGCUCACCUGAUGGGAGAGGAGUUGUUAUUUUUGAAGGCGGUAUCAUUGUGUCACACUGUUCAGAUCAGCUAUGAUCAGCCAGACGGCCUGGCUGGAGGAGGAGAUCCGUUUUCACAUGCCAAUGGUUUUUCCUCCAGUCACAUGGAAUACUAUGCUUCCUCACCAGACGAGAAAGCUUUAGUAGAGGCAGCAAAGAGGAUUGGAGUUGCCUUCACUAGGAGCAAUGGAGACACCAUGGAGAUAAAAUCAUUUGGCAAGUUUGAAAAGUAUAAACUGCUCCAUGUGUUAGAGUUUGAUGCUGACCGUAGGAGGAUGAGCGUCAUUCUGCAGACUCCCUCAGGAGGACAAGUGCUAUUUACCAAGGGUGCUGAGUCGGCCAUCUUGCCUUUCACCACCAGUGGGGAGAUUGAAAAAACAAGACUUCACGUUGAUGAAUUUGCACUGAAAGGUUUAAGAACCCUGGUGGUGGCAUGUCGCCACUUCAGUCCAGAGGAGUACAUUGAUGUGGACAGACGCAUGACAGCUGCUCGAACUGCGUUGCAGCAGAGGGAGGAGCGACUACACGAAGCCUUCGAUUACAUUGAAAGGGACCUGCAGCUCCUGGGAGCAACUGGGGUGGAAGACAGACUUCAAGACAAGGUCCAGGAAACCAUUGAGGCUUUACGGCUAGCAGGCAUCAAAGUGUGGGUGUUGACCGGAGACAAACAUGAGACAGCGGUCAGUGUCAGCUUGUCGUGUGGCCACUUCCACAGAACCAUGAACAUUUUGGAGCUUCUGCAACAGCGCUCUGACAGCGAAUGUGCGGAGCAGCUCCGCAGACUGGCCAGAAGGAUAAAAGAGGACCACGUUAUUCAGCACGGUUUGGUUGUCGAUGGAGCCAGUUUGUCUUUGGCAUUGAGGGAACAUGAGAAGCUCUUUAUGGAAGUUUGUAAAAACUGCUCAGCUGUUCUGUGCUGCCGCAUGGCUCCGCUGCAGAAAGCCAAGGUUGUGCGUCUUUUAAAGACAUCUCCAGAAAAACCAAUCACUUUGGCUAUUGGGGACGGAGCCAAUGAUGUCAGUAUGAUACAGGAAGCCCAUGUGGGCAUAGGUAUCAUGGGAAAGGAAGGCCGUCAGGCUGUGAGAAACAGUGACUAUGCAAUCGCCAGGUUCAAGUUUCUGGCAAAACUACUCCUGGUUCAUGGUCACUUUUACUACAUACGAAUAGCUACGCUUGUACAGUACUUUUUCUACAAGAAUGUGUGUUUUAUCACGCCCCAGUUUUUAUACCAGUUCUUCUGUUUGUUUUCACAACAAACUCUGUAUGACAGUGUUUACCUGACACUGUACAACAUCUGCUUCACCUCACUUCCCAUCCUGGUGUACAGUCUGUUUGAGCAGCUGGUCCAUCCUCAUGUACUGCAGAGUAAACCUGCCCUGUACAGAGACAUCAGCAAGAACUCGCUGCUGUCCUUUCGGACGUUCUUGUACUGGACUCUGUUGGGCUUCUGCCACGCAUUUGUUUUCUUCUUUGGAUCCUACAUUCUGAUGGGGGAGGACACAACCCUCAUGGGCAAUGGGCAGAUGUUUGGGAACUGGACUUUUGGAACGCUUGUCUUCACCGUUAUGGUCAUCACUGUCACUUUAAAGCUGGCUCUGGAGACUCAUUUUUGGACAUGGAUGAACCAUUUUGUGACGUGGGGCUCAAUUGCUUUCUAUUUCAUCUUCUCACUCUUCUAUGGAGGAAUUAUUUGGCCAUUUCUGCAUACCCAGGACAUGUACUUUGUCUUUGUGCAACUCCUGUCCAGCGGUUCCGCCUGGUUCGCCAUCAUCAUCAUUGUCAUCACUUGCCUCUUUCCUGAUGUUGUGAAGAAGGUCCUCUACAGACAUCUGCAGCCUACCAGCACACAAAAAAGCCAGAUGUAUUCCAACAGAGUGGUGAUAGGUGAUGACUUCAUCGCUCUGCAGCCUUUGUCCAGAGCCAAGACCCAGCUGGGCAAAAUUAGAUGGAAGAGGUCUCUAUCAGCCUCCCAGGCGCAGGCCCUCAGCUGUGUGGAGUCCCUGUGCUGCUACCAGCAUGGGCAGAGCGGCUGUUCCCGCCUGGCCCACCUCCUGGAGCAAAUGACCGGACAGUGCAAGGCCAGCGCAAGCAGUUGCCACGCAUCCAGCCGCAGCAACAGGUCUUGGAGCGACACAGAGAACUUCUCCAAUGAUCGCAGCAUCCUGACGCUGUCGCCCAUCGAGGCCACCCACUGCUGA